AUCACCAGUGUCGUGAUCCUGGUGAACCCUCCGGGCGGCUCGCUGGCUGUUCCGUCGCCGAAGAAUACUCCGACGAGCAUGGCGUUGGCAAGCUGCGUCAGCGGUGAGUGUAAGGAGGGCGGCCCUGGCAUCGUGCAGCAGGUCCAGGUUCCCCAGCCGAAAAUCCAGGCCAUCGACACCCACCUCAAGGUGGCGAAGAUCGACGGGCGCCUUCCGAUCUCCUAUCCGACUGCCAACAAGUCCCUGAUCUACAUCUUCGGCUACAAUGCCCAGGAGGCCGGUGACUCCUUGGACGACACCACGGUUCAGGAGCUGCGAUCUCUGGGCUACGAGG